UACGCCACUCCCCCGGGCUGGCUGGCUACCCGCUCGGCCACCCCCGGGUCCCCCGCCCAGCUCAGCCCACGCGGCUGAGUGGGGUCCGGCUUGGGCGUCUGCCCCCAGACUUGCGGUUACGUGGCUCCGCCCCGCCCCGGUCUGGGGCCGCCUCCUCCCGGGCCCCAGCCCCGAGGUGUCCCGACGAUCAUUUUAUUCCCUCGACGGACUUUACGAAAAGAGCGGAGGAUACAGCGGCAGACCCGGGCGUCCUUCCCCCGGGCUCAGCGUCUGAUGGCGAGGGAGCACAGAAUGAGAUGAACAGACGGUAGAAUUCUAGCUACAGAGGAACAGGAGCUGAGAACGCGGUGUAAGAUCAGUUACCCAUUACACAAAAGGGAGGGAAACCUUGAAGUAGAUAGAGAAGGGAGAGCUACUUUGACCGGAGGAGGCCUGAUGAGUACAAAGACUGAAGGUCAUAGGCAUUUGAACUAAGACGCGGUAUGGUUUGCAACUGGACCCUGAUCCAGACCAGGAAGGCAACCUGCACCAUGUGGUUACUAACUGCUCUUCAUUUACCUAUUGAUGCCUCCCAAAAAGAGACGCAGACAGUCCCAGAAAGCCCAGCUGCUAUUCCACCAACAGCCACUGGAGGGCCCCAAACACCAUUAUGAAUCUCACCAGCAGCCCAUUACCCACACUGUUCAGGUGCCCAGCAAGCCCAUUGAUCAGAGCACAGUCACUUCCUGGGUAUCACCUGAGUUCGAUACAGCAGCAGAAAGCCGGUUUCUGAUACACCGGAAGCAUCACCGAGACCAGGCAAGACGCCCCACUCGGAGAUCUACGUGCAAGUUUCCAUGUCUAACCUUUGAGAGUCCACAGUCUUCCAGUUCAGAGACCUUGUUGCUAUCCAAGGGAGUACAGCCCCAGGACUCAGGAAAGGACCCACCCAGAAGACCUUUAGUGCCAUUGUUCAGUCCCCAGAGCUGUGGAGAACUGUCGGUGCACGUACCUCAAAGUCUACCUCAUGUGUUCACACCCCCUGACAUCCAGACCCCGGGGUCUUCCCCAGACCAGAAGGAAAACAGCCUUCCAAGCUGCUUCCUUGGCCCCAGGACUCCCAGCAGCCCAGAGCCGGGGCCUGUUCUGGUCAAGGACACCCCUGAGGAGAAGUACGGGAUUAAGGUCACGUGGAGACGCAGAAGGCACCUGUUUGCCUACCUUAAAGAGAGGGGGAAGCUGGAUAGAAGCCAGUUCCUUGUGAAGAUCUGACUGGACUGUGCAGACUUCAGUUCAUCCUAGAGCUGCUGUGGGGAGGUUUCUCAAGUCUUUUCUGGUUCGAAAGGAUGAAAUGGGAUGAACAGCAGUAGGAAGACGACUGAACCAGAGUUGGAGUUCAGUUUCUAGAGCUCCGCCUCACAUCAGGAACAGUUGAAUUUAGUGUCAUGACCUGUUGGUAUUUUUCUCACAUUAACUGUUUAAACCUCUCAAGUAUCUUGUACUGUUUACAAUGUUUGUAAAUAAAUGGCUGCCCCGAGUUUUUAGAGAACCCUACCUUUGUCAGUAA